AUGGCGACCGCUUCUCCCACCCCCAUGGGCUCCUACUCCGGCCUCGGGCGCAUGCGCUCGCAGUCGACUAUCCGGCCUCGCAGAGACUCGCCGCUGUCUGUGCUGGGCCAGAGCCAGGGCUUCCGGGCGGACGCGCCCAUGAUGCAGAAUAUAAACAUUGGGGACAGCUCCGACGACGAGAUACCGCAGCCGAUGAAAUUGAGCGCCCUCACGACAGCGCUGCUCGCUCAGUCGCAGAACGAAACCAAUUCGCCGGAGAAGGCAGCGGGACGGAGACCUAAGCUGCGGAUAUCGCGUGGGUCCAGCUCGAACACCCCGGUGCAGGAUACGGUUACGCCUGCGCCGAGCUUGAGGAUAAAAAGAGUGCCGCUGAGGGGUGCGCCGAUGAGGAGGCUGCGCAGGACGCCGCAGAGCGAAGAGCAGGAUCAUCCGCCGAGCCAGGACCAGGAGAAUCUCCCUGUGUCGGUGGUGAAGGUGGAUGCGAUGAAUGGCGCCGAUUCGGUUAUGAAGGUCACGGAUUCGGUGAUGAAGGUUGCGGAUCACGAUAUGCGGCCUCCGCCUCAGCCGCAAUCGCCUGUUCAGAGACAAGAGAGGCCGAUGCCGUUGCAGGCGAUAAGCGCAAACACGCCGCGACGGCCUGCACCGCCGCCGCCGCCCAAGAUGUCCGUUCUGGAGACUGCUACUGCGGCUGCUGGUGCUGCGACGACGAAAACAAGAGAGAGGAAGAAGAGGAGUACGCUGGCGGUUAAUGGGAAGCACUAUUCGCAAAUGGAUCGCAUUGGAAGAGGAGGGAGUUCUGCGGUGUACCGGGUGAUGGCAGAGAAUUUCAAGCUACUGGCGUUGAAGAGAGUAAAGCUUGAGGACGCCGAUGAAGCUGCCGUGAGGGGUUACAAGGGCGAGAUCGACCUCCUGAACAAGCUCAAGAAUGUGGAAAGAGUAGUGAGGCUGUAUGACUGGGAGGUGGAUGACGCACGGCAAAUCUUGAGCGUGCUCAUGGAACUCGGCGAAUCGGACCUCGCCCGCAUAAUCCGCAUGAAGCUCGACCCAGCAGACGCAAAGCUUGACCUCAGCUUUACCCGCUACUACUGGAAAGAGAUGCUUGAAUGUGUCGGUGCCGUCCACGAACACGACAUAGUGCACUCCGAUCUCAAGCCCGCCAACUUCCUGCUGGUACAAGGCCGCCUCAAGCUCAUCGACUUUGGCAUCGCAAACGCCAUCGAAGUUGACCAUACAGUGAACGUCCACCGCGAUUCGCACAUCGGUACCCCAAAUUAUAUGUCCCCCGAAAGUCUCGAAGACAGCGCUGGCGGCGCAAGGGGCCAGCUGAGCAACGGCAAUGGAGCGAAGGACAUGAAGCUCGGCAAACCGAGCGACAUCUGGAGUCUCGGCUGCAUACUGUAUCAAAUGGUCUACGGCAAACCCCCCUUCGCCCACAUCGCCAACCAAAUGGCGCGCGUCCUCGCCAUCGUAAACCGCGACUACGAAAUCCACUUCGCAGACUACGGCAUCGGCGACGUACGGGUUCCACCUGGUCUGAAGGCCACGCUCCGGCACUGCCUGGACCGAAAUCCAAAGAGAAGACCCACAAUUGCGCAGCUGCUCGAUGAACGCGAUCCGUUCAUAUACCCCGACGGCGGGGACGAUCUGAGGAUACCCCAGGAUCUGCUCGCCCAGAUCAUCCAGAAGGUUGCGGACCGCUUUAUGGACCCGAAGAAGGAGCCGCCGACGGACGAGGAGAUACGACAGUAUCCCGCCUCGUUUUACGAGAAGAUCAGGCAGCUUUUGGAGAAUGCGUAG